AUGCGCUAUUUAAAUGAGUUUUCCUCUAACCCAUCUACACCACCUCCAACGUCCUAUUACACGUAUGUCUCACCACCACCACCAAAUCAUUACAUGUACACCUCACCUCCUCCUCCAUGUAGUCCCCCACAUUCGGGACAUCAUAAAUCAUCUCCACCAUCAUGGCCACCUAUAACUAGAGUACCACCAGUAUCACCACCACCUUCGCCACUGCCCCCAUAUCCACACAACCCAUCACCACCCUCAUUAUGGCCCCCAUCUCCACACGACACGCCACCACCCUCACAACCAUCUCCACUUGGCCCACCACCACCACGAUCACCCCCACAACCAUCUCCACAUGGUGCAUCACCACCAUCACUAUCACCCCCACAACCAUCACCACCCGGUCAUGGCACAUCACCACCGUCACUAUCACCCCCACAACCAUCUCCACUCAGCCCAUCAUCACCACCAUCACUAUCCCCUCAACAACCAUCACCACCUUCACUAUCACCCCGACAACCAUCACCACCCGGUCAAGGCACAUCACCACCCUUGCCCUCAGCCUCACCACCACAAAAUCAUGGAAUCCCCCCGCCAACAUCAUUACCACCAUCAGCACCACCACCAAGGGGCCAACAUGCACCCCCACCACCACAUGGAGUGAUUGUUCCUCCAGUAUCCCCACCUCAACCACAAGGUGGAGGGCCUAGCGGCGUUGGUGGAGUUCCACCAAAGCCCGCAAUCUACUCUUCACCACCACCUCCCACUUCACCUCCAGGGCAACAUACUACUAACAACACUGCAAUAAUAGUGGGUGCAUCUUUAGGUGGCUUCUUCUUCCUUGCGCUACAUUAG